CAAUCCAAAGGAGCUAGAAAGUUUGGGUCUUGAUAGGCUAAAAGCCGCUUUAAUGGCGCUGGGACUGAAAUGUGGAGGCACAUUAAAAGAAAGGGCAGAACGAUUGUUUGCAUCAAAAGGUGUUGGAGCUGGAGAGUUGGGUAGAGAUGCCCUGGCGAAGAAGGCUGACGAUGCAAAAGAGCAUGCGAGAAUUUCAGCUUUGGCAAAACUCGAAGGACAUAUAAGAUGUAUUGGCAGCGUUUUGGGCGAAGAGCGAGAUGCAACUCGUGAAAAUGUUGAGAGAAAACAAGCAAGAGCUGCUGGAGAAAAUGAGGAUGACGAAGAGGAGCCGCAGGCAACUGUAGAGAGCGACGAGGAGGAAGAUGAUGGAGUCCCAUACAAUCCCAAGAAUCUUCCUCUGGGAUGGGACGGAAAGCCUAUUCCAUACUGGCUGUACAAAUUACAUGGGCUUAACAUCUCAUAUUCUUGCGAGAUCUGUGGAAACCAGAUUUAUAAGGGACCCAAAGCAUUCCAGAAGCACUUUAAUGAGUGGCGGCAUUCACAUGGUAUGCGAUGUCUUGGAAUUCCAAACACUGCCCAUUUUGCUAAUAUCACACAUAUUAAGGACGCUUUGGAUUUAUGGAAUAAAAUCAAAGGAGAAAAGGAAAGGCAAAGGUGGAACCCGGAUUUAGACGAAGAAUUCGAAGAUUCCGCAGGCAAUGUUGUAACUAGAAAGAUGUACGAAGAUCUCAAAAGACAAGGACUUCUGUAAAA